GGCUUCCAAACUGUCCUUUUAAAGUGGAAGCCCUAAAAUGGGUGCUAAGGUAGAUACUGUUCGUGAGAAGUUAAAAGAAGUAUAUAUGUUUUUAGAACCUUUUAAAAUUCUGGCGAAUGCUCACAUGACUAGUUUCAUUACUGGGAAUAGUUGGGAAAUUCUACCAGAAGAUUUACGAAAUGAAGCGUCUUCACUUUCCAUUCCCGAAAUGUAUGAAAUUUUUUGGAACUGGGGAAGUGAUCCAGGGAACUUUCAGCAAACCAGUGCUAUCGGCAAAUUCUUAAAUGCGUGCUGGCAUUUUUCUCUGGCCUCACAGAAUUUCAAAGAACUCAUGCUAUCUUACAAAAGUUGCCAGACCACCUCCAAUAAAUCAGCUAAAUGUAUGUCACUCAAAAAAAGCCAUGAAGUAGUAACCUUAAAAGAAAUUGUGGCCUAUUUGUGUGAUGAUUCCCAGUCGAACUGUGUGGUGGAUGUAGGUGGAGGCAAAGGAUAUCUUGGAGCAUCAUUAGUGCUCGAAAGCAAAAUGAAAGUCUUGAGCAUCGAUUCAAAACCACUUAACACUGAAGGAGCCAUGCACAUCUUUGAAAAACUUGAAAAACAUGAGCGUGUCCAGGCUGAUUCAAGUGCCUUUUAUAAGCAAGUCACAGCAUUUGUGACACCAGAAACAGAUAUCAUUGCAAUUGCUAAAGAUAAUUUUGGGCCAACCUCAGAGUACAGAAUUUGUCUGACAGGUUUGCAUGUUUGUGGAAACCUUGCCUCAACAUGCAUCAAGCUGUUCUCCAAGGCUCAAGAUAUUGCGUCAAUCUGUAGCAUUGGCUGUUGUUACAAUUUACUGACAGAGAGGUUUGAAACAGAGUCUGACGUAACAGUUGACAAAUAUAAUUGUGGUUUUCCUUUGAGUGAUUUCUUGAACAAGAAAAGCUAUUGCUUAGGACGUAAUGCUAGAAUGAUAGCGUGCCAACCUAUUGAUAGGAUUUGUCUGGAGAAAAGGGAAAUGAAGCCAAGUAUAUUUUGGCGUGCUGCUAUUCAGACGCAUUUUCAAGAGUUGCUUGGGCCUGGAUGUGAUGUUUCAGUGGGUCGCCGGUGUUCCAAAGCUACAAGUUUUUCUGAUUACUGUCUCAAAGUGGAACAAUCACUGAAGAUAGAUUUAGAGCUUACAGAAGAUAAGAUGAAUAAUUUGAUCAUGCAGACUGAAAAACUCCAUGCUGACAUGAUAAAAUUCUAUUGCUUCAGACUAGCACUUGCCCCUGUUGUGGAGGCACUGCUCAUUUUAGACAGACUGCUUUUUCUGUAUGAACAGGGUUUGGAGACAUCCUACAUUUGCAAAGCUUUUGAUGGGGCUACGUCACCCCGCUGCCAUGCUGUGAUUGCAAGUAGGCCCAGCAGAUAGUGGACACCUCUUCCUUUCAUAUACUUUGUGGUUAUUAAGACUAGGUAUUGAGUAAAACGCUCCCAAUCUACAUAAA